CCUUCAUAGAAGGAGGCAAUUAAUGGCUCUGCACACUUGCAUCAUCACAACCCCCACAGUGAACUUCCUAACUCUAAACUGAUUUGCAACUGACCGAUAGCAGUCUGGAAUUGCCAGCUUCCACAAAGUGAUCACCACUCACUUUUCCACCUUGAGGGCAGCUCUCAUUCUGAUGUUCUUGCGCCACAGGGCAGGGGCGAGCUCCGCACACACUUCCAGGAAGGUGGCUUUGUGCAUCAGAAAGUUCUGCAGCCACUGCUUGUCAUCCCAUACAUGCAUAACGAUGUGAUCCCACUGGUCAGUGCUGGUUUCCUGAGCCCAAAAGCAAUGGUCCACGUGCAGCUGCUCCAAAAUCAAUCUUGAAUUGUUUCUUUCCAUGGCACACUGCAGGGCAGGCACCACGGAUUCACUUUCAGAUUCACAGCUCAUGAAAUACUGCAGGAUCAGCGGCGUUGUGUUCAUGACGCUCAUCACAAGACUAGAGAGCAGUGCAGGAUCCAUGCUUUUAGGCAGAUAUGGGGGGCACACAGUUUAUAUGGGUUGUUCUAAAAUAGAGCAAAAUGUACUUAACUGGAACCCCACAGAAUGGUGGGAUGGAGAACACUGCAUUAUGGGAGAAUGAGCCUGCCCCCAUGAUGCACUGUAAUCCAUUCCCAGAACUCCUAGUCACAGAAGGUAGUGAAUUGCACAGUAGGAUAGCUACCCACAGUGCACUGCUCGCUCUCUCGAUGCUAAAGCACCAACUCUGGAUGCACUCCACCGACAAAGGGAGUGUUGCGUGAACAUGCACAAAUAAUGUAAUUACGGCAGUUUAUGAUCAUUGACAUAACUUAAGUUAACUUAACUCUGUAGUGUAGACAUAGUCUCAGUUGACCCUUAGUCACAAAGGUAAUGAACAUGGUUAAUAAUAAUUAUAACUAUCCUGCCACUUUGACCCAAGAAAGCUAGCCUUGGUAUGUUACUGCUUAAAAAUGAGCUGGGGGUAAAACCAUGGAAUAUUCUUUGUGACAAGUAUCCCACAAAUUCCAUUGACCUCCCUUGUUUUCUUUGCCUUGACCAGGGUUUCCAGUUUCCAAACCUGAUAUGAUAUUCCAGAUGGAACGAGGGGAAGAGCCGUGGGUCCCAGACAUCCAGGGCUCUGAGAAAGAAGUGCUCCCGAGAGCUGCCUGCACAGGGAGUGACCUAUGUCUGGAUUCUCUCUGUCUCCCAUCAGGUGAUGGGAUGGUGAGUGAGAAUGAGGAGGAGAAACCCCAGCAAGAAGAUGCUGAGCAAGUAGAACCACAUGGAACGUUAUCAGGAAGAUCCAAAGGGAAUGUUUCCAGGAGUUGUGAACUCCCAGAAAAAGCAAAAGCCUGGGAGAGUCAGCACAGGCCAGAGGAAAACUUCAGUAGCCACUCAGACCUUAUUGGAAAUGAGAGAAUCAGCUUGGAAGAGACACGCUAUGCAUGCCAUGAGUGUGGGAAAAGCUUCAAUCACCGCUCU